AAAAGAUAAUCUGCACCACAUAAGAAAAAAAAAUCAAAAUCAAAAUUAAAAUUAAAUCAAAUUAAUUUUGGCUGCGAGAACCGCAAAAAGGUCAGGAAAAAGAUCCGCCGCCGAUGGACAGCGCCGCCGUGAAACGGAUCUGUUUAAUCAUCAACGGCCUGAUUCUCGCCGUCGGCAACUGCGGCGGUCCGCUGGUGAUGCGCCUCUACUUCAUCCAUGGCGGCAAGCGCGUGUGGUUCUCCGCCUGGCUGGAGACCGGCGGCUGGCCGGUCAUCCUAAUCCCCCUAACAAUCGCCUACUUCCGCCGCCUCCGGCAGGCGGCGACGCCGCCGAAGAUUUUCUUCAUGAAGCGGCGCGUGUUCGGCGCGUCGGUGGUCAUCGGAAUUCUCACCGGCAUGGUCGACUAUUUAUACGCCUUCGGCGUCGCGAAGCUUCCGCUGUCGACCUCCGCCGUGAUAGUGGCGUCGCAGUUGGCGUUCACCGCCGUGUUCGCUUACCUGUUCGUGAAGCACAAAUUCACGCCGUACUCGAUCAACGCCAUUGUCACGCUCCUCGUCGGCGCCGUCGUCCUCGCGAUUCACUCCGACAGCGACCGACCUAAGGGCGAAUCGUCCAAGGAGUAUCUGCUAGGGUUCUUCAUGACGGUUAUGGGCGCCUUCCUGUACGGCGUGAUUCUGCCAUUAAUGGAGCUCACCUAUUUAAAGGCAAACCAACAAAUCACCUAUACGCUCGUCCUCGAGAUCCAAUUGGUAACAAACUUCUCCGCCACAGUUUUCUGCACAAUCGGAAUGCUCAUCAACCACGAUUUCCAGGCGAUUCCGAAGGAGGCGGAGGCGUAUGCCCUAGGUUCAACCAUGUACAUCCUCGUGGUGCUCUGCAAUGGCGUAAUGUGGCAGUGCUUUUACCUCGGCGCCAUCGGAGUGAUCUUCUACGCAUCCUCGUUGCUAUCCGCCAUUAUCAUCCAUGCUCUGCUUCCGACGACGGAGCUCCUCGCCGUGCUGUUCUACCACGAGUCGUUCCAAGCGGAGAAAGGCAUCUCUCUGUUCCUCUGUCUAUGGGGAUUCACUUCCUACUUCUAUGGCGAGAUCAAACGCGAGAGGAGGAACAAGAGGAAGAAUCUAGAAAGCAAUCAAACUACAGAAUUACAGGUAACAUCAACACACUCUCCUGCAAAUGUUUGAUCGAAUUAAAUUAUUGUUUUACAGCAUACCUAGAUUCAGCUUCUUUUUUUUUUUGCAACAUUGAAGCUUCAGUUCAUCAUAUCAAUUAUUAGCAAUCAGUUUUCCCAAUUUCAA